AUGUAUGUGAAAUGGUUUGAUACAGUAAUGUUAUACUAUGUGAUUUUAGUGUAUUUAGUGAAUGUCACUUUUUGUCAUUUUCAAAUUUCCCGCCAGUUCCGUCCCCCGUAUGUUCCGACGUCGCAGGGGACAGAACCCGGAAGAUGGAUGCCGGCAUCAGCCGGAGGACACUGCAGGGGGGACAUCACGGGAGCGCAGGACAAGGUAAGUGAUCGAGGGAUCGUGGAGCAGCGCCGCAUUGUAAGCCCGAGUGUAGCUCAGGGUUACCGCUUGUGCUACACUCGGGAAUACCGCCAGGGGGGCUAC